AUGGAUAUUGAGCAAACAUCUAGUAUUGACCAACCUCAAUUGUCUCCUUUCACUGGUGAAAAUGUGAGUUCAACUCCUUCUGGACCAUUUUUAACACCUACUCCUCCACCUCAACCUCCAACUACUAUGGAAUGUCCUCCUCCUCUUACAACUGUAAUUGAAAGUGAAGCUACAGAAGGUAGUAGAAAGAGAAAAAAUUCUGCAAGAAAGGUGUCAAAAGUGUGGGAACACUUUACUAAGUUACCAUUGGAGGAGACAAAUGGAGAAGUUAGAGCUACAUGCAAGUACUGUAAUUUAGAUUAUGCUUUUGACCCAGGCAAGCAUGGUUUAACAUCCUUGAAGAGGCAUGUACCAAAGUAUUCCAAGAAUCCACAUAAAGCUACACAAAUGACAAAGCAAUCGAUGUUGAAUUAUGUGAUACCAAGUGGGCAAGAGGGAAGCUUAGUACCUCACAUGUUCAAUCAGAAACGAUGUCGCAGGACUCUAGUUAAGUUCAUCAUAUGUGAUGAGAUACCAUUUAGGCUUGUUGAGAAGGAAGGCUUUAAAAAGUUUGUGAAGGAGUUAGAACCACGAUUUCAAAUCCCUUUAAGAACAACAGUGGCUAGAGAUGCCUGGCAAUUGUAUCUUGGUGAAAUUAGAAUCUUGAAAAAUUUGUUGAAGAAGUGUACUAAUCGUCUUUGCCUCACUACAGAUUGUUGGACAUCAGUUCAAAACUUCAAUUACUUAUGUUUGACAGCCCAUUUCAUUGAUAAUGAUUGGAACUUGCAUAAGAGGAUUCUUAGUUUUUACAUGGUUGAGAAUCACAAAGGUGAUACGAUAGGCAAGACAAUUGAAAGGUGCUUAUUAGAUUGGGGCAUACAAAAUGUGUUCACCAUAACUAUGGAUAAUGCAACUUCCAAUGACACAGCCUUGUCUUACUUAAAAAGGCAUUUAAAGAAUUGGAGGGGUCUUGUUUGUGGUGGUGAUUAUCUUCAACUACGGUGUUCUGCACAUAUUCUUAAUCUAGUUGUUAAUGAUGGGUUGAAGGAGUUGAAAGAUACUUUUGAGUCCAUUCGAAAUGCUAUUAGAUAUGUUCGUUCCUCUCCUGCUUGCUUGCAAAGAUUUAAAGAUGUUUGUGAAUUGGAAAUGUUGGACUCAAAAAGUAUUAUUUGCCUUGAUGUCAGUACUAGAUGGAAUUCUACAUAUUUAAUGUUGGAUGUGGCUUUGAAGUUUCAAAAAGCAUUUGAAAGAUUAGAGGAUGAAGAUGAAGAUUUUGUUAGUUACUUCAACAAAGGUUCAAAGCGUCAUGCUCAAAGUGACUUUUCUUGUUUAGAGGGUAGCAUAGAUGCCUAUGUUUAUAGGCAAGAUGCUAGACCAGAUGACAACAUGGAUACUUUUGCUUACUCUAGGCAAGCUCCUCCUAAGCGUAAUGGCCCUCCAAACAAACAAGCUUGGAAUAAAGCACGGUUCUUUCUUAAGUUCUUGAAGGUGUUUUAUGAUGUCACUUUACAAUUUUCUAGCACACUAAAAGUUACUGCACAUACAUGCUUCCAUCAAAUUGCUUUAAUUCAAGAGUUGUUAGAUGAGAAUGUUGAAAGUGAUGACCCUCUUCUUAGGGAAAUGUCUUUGAGCAUAAAGAGAAAGUAUGAUAAGUAUUGGGGGGCAGCAGAUAAUUUGAACCCUUUGUUGAUUAUUGUUGUGAUUCUCGAUCCUCAAUACAAGCUUGCCUAUAUCAAUCAUAACAAGGCAAGAGACACUUUGUAUCGCCUAUUUGAGGAAUACUCUGCAACAAUUGGUCCUGAUACAAGCAGUUCUGGUAGUAUCAACUCUCUAAGUGCUCUUGACACCAACACUUCAAAUGCAAAGUUGGAUAGAUACCUUUCUGCUAGUACAUCUGAGGACACCCCUAUUGAUAAUGAUGAUGAUGAUUUUGAUAUCUUGACAUGGUGGAAGGUUAAUUCUACUAAGUAUAGAGUGCUUUCCUUGAUAGCACGAGAUGUAUUGGCUAUACCAGUAUCUACAGUUGCUUCUGAAUCAACUUUUAGCACUGGAAGACGUGUUGUUGAUGAUUAUAGGAGUUCUUUAUCUCCUAAGAUGACUGAAGCACUCAUUUGUGCCCAGAAUUGGCUAGUUGCAGGGCAAUCUCUCUCAGAGUUUGUCUCUAUGUUUCAUGAGGUUGAUAAUUUUCAAGAGACUGACGAUAUGGUUAAUGUUGCAGGUUUUCACAGGACCAGACUGGACUACGGGUUGCCUAACCUAGUCCUUUUCAUAAAAAGGACCAGACUUCGGGUUAGGCUGAAGUCCAGUCCUGUCCAAUUCUUUGUGCAGCCCUAG